CGGAAUUACCUGGGAAUCUUCAACCAGAGCACCCGCGUGCUGCUCGCCAAGUGGGCGGCAGCAGCAGAGGCAGCUGGUGGGGGGCCAGUGGAGUUGGAGGUGCUGCAGCCCCUGAGCCUCCUCACCCUGGACACGCUCCAGAAGUGCAUCUUCAGCCACGAGAGCCACUGCCAGGAGCAGCCCAGUGAGUACAUCCAGGCCAUCCUGGAGCUGAGCUCGUUGGUGGUCCGGCGCCAAUUCCAGCCACUUCUCCACCCCUGGUGGCUCUACAGCCUCUCCUCUGAUGGCCGGCGCUUCGCCCGUGCCUGUGCCACGGUCCACACCUUCACUGCUGAUGUGGUGCAGCGCCGGCGCCAGGCACUCGCCUGCCUGGGCCACCAGGCCUGGCUGGAUGGCCACCAGGGACGCAGCAUGGACUUCAUCGACCUCCUGCUGCUCACCAAGGACGAGAAUGGCCACACCCUGUCGGACGAGGACAUCGCGGCUGAGGCUGACACCUUCAUGUUUGAGGGCCAUGACACCACGGCCAGUGGCCUGGCAUGGCUCUUCUUCAACCUGGCCGGCCAUCCUGAGCACCAGGAGCGAUGCCGCCAGGAGGUCCAGGAGCUCCUGGCUGGCCAGGACACUGCAGACAUUGAAUGGGAGGACCUGUCCCAGCUGCCCUUCACCACCAUGUGCAUCAAGGAGAGCCUGCGGCUGCACCCUCCUGUCACUGCUGUGUCCCGGCGCUGCACCGAGGACAUCCCCCUGCGCGAUGGCCGUGUCAUCCCCAAGGGGGUCAUCUGCCUGAUGAGCAUCUACGGGACCCACCACAACCCAGACCUCUGGCCCGAGCCUGAGGUGUUCAAUCCUCUGAGGUUCAGUCCGGAGAACAGCAAGGAACGGUCCCCGUCAUCCUUCAUCCCCUUCUCUGCUGGCCCCAGGUAUGUCCUGGAGUGGGGACAGGAGUGUCCCCAAAUGUCACCCCUGUCCCUGGCUGGGUUCACAGUGGGGUGA